AGUUAUAUUUGAGUUAUGACAGUUGAUGGUUACCAUAGCGACAGCUCAUCUCCUAUUUCUGCUGCCGUCUGUAACUGUGCCGUAAUGUUAACCAGAACGAGCGUGGGCGUGUCGCUGCGGGCUGUGAAGACGCUGCGGUUGCUGGUUGUUGUUCUGGUGAGCCUGUGUGUGUUCAUCGGCGUCUCAGCAGCAUCAUCUCCAGCCCAGGAGGAGAGCAGUGCCAUGGAGAACAUCUCUACGGAGAAGAAGGCUGAGGAGAGCCACAGACAGGACAGCGCAGACCUGCUCAUCUUCAUCCUGCUCCUCACCCUCACUAUACUAACCAUCUGGCUCUUCAAGCACCGGCGCUUCAGGUUCCUGCACGAAACCGGGCUGGCCAUGAUUUACGGUCUUAUCGUCGGGGUGAUCUUGCGCUACGUCGUUCAGGUCUCUCGGGCCAACGUCUACCCGACAAACUGUUUUGUCAACAGCAGCCCCGCCACCCUGCUGUUAAAUAUCAGUGGCAAAUUUUACGAAUACACCUUGAAUGGGGAGAUUAGUGCCAACGAGGUGAAUAACAUGAAAGACAACGAGAUGCUGCGCAAGGUUACGUUUGACCCUGAAGUUUUCUUCAAUAUUCUUCUCCCGCCCAUCAUCUUUCAUGCAGGCUACAGCUUGAAAAGGAGACAUUUUUUCCGGAACAUGGGAUCCAUCCUGGCUUAUGCCUUUGUGGGGACUGUGAUUUCCUGUUUUAUUAUUGGGUUGUUGAUGUACGGCUGUGUCACGCUGAUGAAGCACCUGGGCAAACUGGGUGGAGACUUCUUCUUCACCGACUGUCUAUUCUUUGGCGCCAUCGUCUCAGCAACAGACCCGGUGACGGUCCUGGCGAUCUUCCAUGAGCUGCAGGUUGACGUGGAUUUGUAUGCGCUGCUGUUUGGAGAGAGCGUCCUCAAUGAUGCCGUCGCUGUCGUUUUGUCCUCGUCUAUUGUUGCAUAUCAGCCACAAGGAGACAACAGCCACACGUUUGAGGCCAUGGCCUUGCUGAAGUCCUUAGGGAUGUUCCUCGGCGUUUUCAGCGGCUCCUUCUCUCUGGGCGUUGCAACGGGAAUCGUUACCGCUCUCGUGACGAAGUUCACCAAACUGAGGGACUUUCAGCUGCUGGAGACGGCUCUGUUCUUCCUCAUGUCCUGGAGCACCUUCCUGCUGGCUGAAGCCUGUGGCUUCACAGGUGUUGUGGCUGUGCUCUUCUGUGGCAUCACUCAGGCCCACUACACCUUCAACAAUCUGUCUCCAGAGUCUCAGGACCGGACAAAGCAGCUGUUUGAGCUGUUAAAUUUCCUGGCAGAGAACUUCAUCUUCUCCUACAUGGGCCUGACCCUGUUCACCUUCCAGAACCACGUCUUUAAUCUCAUGUUCAUCGUUGGAGCUUUUCUGGCGGUGUUUGUGGGUAGAGCUGCUAACAUCUACCCUCUGUCACUCCUCCUUAAUCUGGGUCGACGGAACAAGAUUAGAUCCAACUUCCAGCACAUGAUGAUGUUUGCAGGGCUGCGCGGUGCGAUGACCUUCGCCCUGUCCAUCAGGGACACGGCUACGUACGCCCGCCAGAUGAUGUUCUCCACCAAUCUUCUUGUGGUUUUCUUCACUGUUUGGGUGUGUGGUGGCGGCACCACUCAGAUGCUGUCCUGUCAGCGGAUACGAGUGGGAGUUGACCCUGAUCAGGAAAACUCUAUGAGUUUUGCUGACGGAUCAGAGAGGAGAAGCACCAAACAAGAAAGUGCCUGGCUUUUCAGAAUUUGGUAUAACUUCGACCACAACUACCUGAAGCCCAUCCUGACGCACAGCGGCCCCCCUCUCACUACCACGCUUCCUCCCUGCUGCGGCCCCCUGGCCCGCUUCCUCACCAGCCCCCAGGCCUAUGAGAAUGAGUGUCAGCUGAAGGACGAUGACUCUGACCUCAUCCUGACGGACGGUGACAUCAGCCUGACUUAUGGCGACAUCAUGGUCAGCACUGACACCACAGGCGCCCACGCCAGCGGCGGCCAGGCGGCGGACGACCUGGACCGGGAGCUGGCGUACGGCGAUCAUGAGCUGGUGAUGAGGGGCACGCGCCUCGUUCUGCCCAUGGACGACUCGGAGCCGCCGUUCACGGAUCACCUGCGGAUGUGAAAACCAGGUUUCAGUGCAAACGUCCAGUAAAAAACUGACCUGAGCCACUGAGCAAAAGACGAGUACCUGACUCUCCUCUUUUCACACUCCCAUUUUUAUUUUAU